CGAGACGGUUCCUGACCACAAAAUAGAAAGAAGCAAAUAUGAAACCAAAGAAGAGAAAACGAUUUUUUUUUUGCUGAUAAAAAGACGAAAGUAGCCUCAAAAAAGAAUUGAAUCACAGAAAACUCGCCACGACAAUCCUCCUCCCGCAACUUGCACUUUCCUCUUUAUUAUUUCUCUGUCCCCAGAAAAAUAGAAAAAAACACCAAAAGAGAGACAGAACCGAAGCAAACCUCAGAAUCUCGAAGAGUGAAUCUGAUGGGGAAAAAGAAGUGUGAUUUAUGCGACGGUGUUGCAAGAAUGUAUUGCGAGUCAGAUCAGGCGAGUCUUUGCUGGAACUGCGACGGUAAAGUUCACGGCGCUAACUUCCUUGUCGCCAAGCACGCGCGAUGUCUUCUCUGCACCUCUUGCCAGUCCCUUACGCCGUGGAAAGCCACGGGGCUUCGUCUCGGUCCAACCUUCUCCGUCUGCGAGUCAUGCGUCGCUCUUAAAUCCGCCGCAGCCGGUGGAGGCGGCGUCAGGUUUGUGUCGGAUGAUAGGAGUCAGGAGAUCAAUGGUUCCGAGCACGAAGUGGAUAGCGCGGAGUCGUACGAUGAUGACGAGGACGAAGAUGAAGAUGAGGAGUACAGUAGUGAAGAUGAAGACGUUGAGGAGGAAGAAGCGGAGAAUCAAGUGGUGCCGUGGUCUGCGGAAGCGGCGGCGCAACUGCCUCCUAUGAUGAGUUCAUCAUCAUCUUCUGACGGUGGAGAUCUGGUGGGGAAAAGGGGGAGGGACUGCUCCGAUGACGAGAUCGGAAGCUCUUCUUCAGCUCAAGAGUUAAACUAUUCUCCACCGUUAAAGCGACCGUCGAGAGAAGGACCCGCGUCCAAAUCAACGGCUGCGAUUAACUCUCUUACCAGAUUAGAAGGAGAGGGCACAUUGAACGGCGCCGUUGAUUCAUCUCUCGUUGCCAUCUCCAGAACGAGGAGAGAUCUCAGCCGCUGAUUCUCCAUUUCCUCUCUGGUAAAUCAUCACCCGUCCAUUUCUGAAAUUCUAACAAUACUUGUUUUAGUAAUCGAGGUAGUUUAAUUGUUGUCGUGCAACAUUGUAUUUUAUUUUGAUCUAUUAAUAGCAUUAUUAUGUUGUUGUUUUUAUUUAUCUUAGUGACUAAUUUGGGUUCGUAUCAUCGUAUGUAUUGAAAAUGCUUAUUACAAUCGAAUUUCAUAUCCUCUAUAUA